UUAGGUGGUCCGCAGACGCUGGCUUGUGACAGAGGGGGAGAAGGAAGGCCUGCGUAAAGGUUCCUCUCCAUCACUUCGCUCCCGGGCACCCUCGGAACAAACCCCAACACCCCGGCCCCGCGGCUAGCCCCUUCCCCUAGGCUCUCUCCGCUCGAUUUCGCCACCGUUAUGUGGGAAGCGAAUCCGCAGCCAGUCAACUUUAAAACAUGAAGGAAAAAUCAAGAAAGUAAUCAUAAAGCAUUCCUUGGAGAGAGUUUCAAAACAUGAAUUAAAAGUAACAAGCCCCCUUCACUGAGCUCAGGAGAUGUUUCACAAAGCAGAAGAAUUCUUACCCAAAAGGACAGAGAUGGAUGAGAUGGACACAUCAGAUACCCAGUGGGGCUGGUUUUACUUGGCAGAAUGUGGGAAGUGGCACAUGUUUCAGAAAUGAAGCAAGUAAAUCUCACCACUGGAAAACAGCGCUUAAUAAAAAGAGCCCCCUUUUCUAUCAGUGCUUUCAGUUAUAUCUGUGAAAAUGAGGCUAUCCCCAUGCCACCACACUGGGAGAACGUGAAUACUGAAGUGCCCUAUCAGCUUAUUCCUUUGCAGAAUCAAACACAUGAAUAUAAUGAAGUUGCUAGUCUCUUUGGGAAAACAAUGGAUCGCAACAGAAUUAAAAGAAUUCAGAGAAUUCAAAACCUAGACUUGUGGGAGUUCUUUUGCAGGAAAAAGGCUCAGCUCAAGAAAAAACGAGGUGUGCCUCAGAUUAAUGAACAAAUGCUGUUUCAUGGCACCAGCAGUGAAUUCGUGGAAGCAAUCUGCAUUCAUAACUUUGAUUGGAGAAUAAAUGGCAUACAUGGUGCUCUCUUUGGAAAAGGAACCUAUUUUGCUAGAGAUGCUGCUUACUCCAGUCGCUUCUGCAAAGAUGACAUAAAACAUGGAAACACGUUCCAAAUUCAUGGCGUAAGCUUGCAACAACGGCAUCUAUUUAGAACAUACAAAUCUAUGUUUCUUGCUCGAGUGCUGAUUGGCGAUUACAUAAAUGGAGACUCCAAAUACAUGCGACCUCCUUCUAAAGACGGUAGCUAUGUGAAUUUAUAUGACAGCUGUGUGGAUGACACCUGGAAUCCAAAGAUCUUUGUGGUGUUUGAUGCCAACCAGAUCUAUCCUGAGUACUUAAUAGACUUUCAUUGAUUUCACUUCCAAAUCUCAGUGGUCAAGGAAGUUUUAUUCUGUUUUUGCAGGAAGAUUUGCUCUCCUGUCAUCUAGCCACUAAAUGGUAAUUAUCUGGUACUUCUGAAACAGAUAUGGGGAAAAAAAAUGGCCUCCAUAUAAAAAGAAAUACUGACUUUAAGGUUGGUUUUUUUGUUGUUUUGUUUUUGUCUUGUUAUUCAUGGUCUUAUCUGUUGAAGAUCGGUGUGAUUGCCAUUUUAACACCUCAGGGUGAAAGAUGCCACUCCAAAUUGAAUCCGCUAAGUCUCAAGUGACAUGGCCGUUUAGAGUUUUUAAAGUUUAUGUGUGUGUUAUCAGGAUAAAUGUUUUCAAUUCAAAUGGACGUAUACAUAUAUAUGUUCUAAAAAUAAAAAUAUAGACAUGAAUGUGUCCCAUCAGAGGAAUUGAUCCUCUGUAAAUUGAAUUCUGAUAUUCUUGUCUACCAAUCAAUAUGUUGCUUUGUUGGUCUUCUGAAGGGGGGAUUUAAAACCUUGAAGUGGGCUGUGUACCUUGAGAGAGGUCAGAAAUAAGACAAUUAUUUGCAGUGCUGCCAAACAAGCCAGAAGGGGAAAAUCAAGGUAGAGGGCCCUGCUUUCGAUUGCCUUAGGGUCGUGGGCUGCAGCCUCAGACUUGCUCAUGUCCCUGUCCUGUCUCCUGCAUCUGAAUUGACAAAAUGCUGCAGACUGUAAUUUGCCUACGGUUCUUCCACCAGGGCUCUUGAGAGUUCUUGUACCGAGACUUGCUGCCCAAGGUAUUUAUUGCAUCUUCAAAAUGCAACUUUUAUUUAUUAGAACAUUUAUUUUCCCUUUGUUUAUGGGUCCCUAAAAUGAUUACUUCUAAGCUAUUUUUAUGUGCUUCCCCACCACCACACACAGCUAUUCAACAGUGAUUUAUAAAAUUCACAUUUCUAAGUUUUAUCUCCCCAUUUUGAAUCAUUGCAGAAAGCAGGGGGCUGCGUGGAGCAAAUCUGGUUUAUUCCUUUGAGUAGCAAUUGACAAUCUACUACUCUCUUGAAAAGUUGGAUACAAUUCAUAAUCAUACUUAAUGGAUAUUUGUUUACCUGUCCCAUCUGUUUUGCUAUUCUCUUCUAAGGAGGAGCAAGUAUGUUGCAACAGUUUCCUGCCGUUAAAGGUAUUCCAGCAGAUGCUGGACUACAGCUUGGCAGAGACGUUGUAUAGGAGUUCAGGUCUUCGCUGGGGGAAUUGGCCGAAUGAUUGUUGAGAGUUUUUCCAACCUUGAUUUUCCAUGAUUCUACUUGGGGAAAAAGAGAGCACUUAGAUCAAGCCUUUCCAGAAAACCUUUUCCUAAUUCAGUCUAACACUGAACUCUCUCUCUUAUCCUGACCCAGUUUGGGCUGAGAGGUAACUUCUCAAGAAAAGUCUAGUAAAUGCCUAUGGCCGGUGGCCGGGUUGUUCAGCUCAAUCAUUUGAAUUGGGAAGGCAUCUAGAAAUAAUAGGAAGAGUGUGGAGCAAGAUUAGAAGUGGCACUUCUCCAGCUGCCAUGUAUCCCCACGUGUUUAUUAUAGCCCAGAAUACUCCUAAUUGUGCAGUUGAAAGUAAGUAAGUAGUACACAGGAAAUUGCACGUUUAAUACUUUGAAACCAAGCGACAACAGAGAUUUCCUGACUCAGAGGUGCCGACUAACAGCCUGCACAGGUUUUGAUGAAGUGCUGUGAAUAUUCCAAAAGAACACAUUUUAGAAACAUGCAGAGGUCAUCUUGGAAAUCAUUGGAGGGCAAGUCCCUCGGCCUCCUUCUGGGAGGUAGCACAGCUUUGCUCUAGCCCCAUUCACAAAACACAAUGCCAGACACAUUAGGGAUUCAGAUUUUGAAAAUCUUUGUGUGUUAUUUCUUAUUUACAUAUCCAAAAUGUUAAAAUAAUCCCCACUUCAACAUGACUGUCUUUUUUUUCCAAUUUAACCUGAUUGCCUCUUCCAUCAGUUGAGUGGAAUAACUGUUGUAGUAUUUGGGGGUUAUUUUUCUUUUAGACAUGUGCAGAUCUUAUUUCAAGGUAACUAAGAGCUCAGAGCUGAGAUUUGCAGGGAAUUCUGAACUUAACCAUUUGGUUCUUAUGUAAGUAGAGUGCACUGCAAUAAACAUUGUAAGAAAGAACUGUACUGUUGUUCUUGUCUGAGAAUCUACCACCAACUCUCCUGUUACAAGGAUUUUAAUAGUUUGUUGUGAUGUGAUAGUGUCAAGUUAAUUGAUGUUAAAAGUCGAUUUCUUUGUUUUGAUAAGUAGAUUGAGUUGAGAACCAUAAAAUCAGUAUAUAUACUGGACUGGACACAACAAUUUAUCAUUUUUUCCUCUUGUCAUCACAUAGUAUGGGUGGAAGAGUGAAGAGAAGACAUUCCAGAUUAAAGAAUAAAUGAUUUUAAACAUUCUGCAUUUAAAUUCCAGCUGAUAGUAAUUUUUCCUUUUCACUUUGGUGUUAUCAGCCUCAGGAUAAAAAAAAAAAUGUGUCUAUAAGAAAUAGUUUCAUAAAUCUUGCAGUUAUGAGCAGGAAGGUUUUGUAUUAGUGCAGCUUUCAUUUCCAGACUACCAUGGUGAUGAUGAUAAAGAAU